AUGAGAGCCUUGUACCUGAACCUCCUCCUGUGCCUGUGCCUCCUGCUGCCCGCCGCGGUCCCUGAAGUCUCCAAACCUGUGAUGGUCCAGAGUCCACCGUGGAGGGACGACAGCAGCUCCUCUGUCAAAGCCAAGCACAUCUCCAAAGACUUCCAGAUCAUCUCCACCAAGCAGAAGACCCCUGCUUACCCCUACGGCUGGCCCCAGAACUUCUCCCAGGCUCAGGACCAGUACCUUUACCGCCACCCUCCACCACCUCCUCCUUUCCUGCCGAAGUCCAAACCUCCAGCAAAGACCUCGCAGAAGGCCAAGAAGAUUCUAGGAUGGGGCGAUUUUUACUUCAACGUCAAAACUCUCAAAUUCAGUCUUUUGGUGACGGGAAAAAUCGUGGAUCACAUCAACGGGACUUUUAGCGUGUACUUCAGACACAACUCCUCGCGACUGGGCAACAUUUCCGUAAGCAUAGUCCCGCCAUCUAAAGCUGUAGGUUGGGAGGUUCUAAAUGAAUCUCAAACCAAGAAUUCGGUUUUGAUUCCUGAUGUACUUUCAACAGUUGCAAGCGCUCCUCAAUCCACGAGCAUGCCUCCGAUGGAACAGAAAGACGUGAUGAUGGUUACGGAGUUGAAUUGUCGAAUCGAGUAUCAAAGAACGAACAGGUCCAAGAAAACGAAACCGUGUCUCUACGAUCCUGGGCAGACUUGUUACUCAGAAAAUACGCAAUCGCAAGCGGCGUGGAUCUGUGCGAAACCGUUUAAGGUCAUUUGUAUCUUCAUCGCUUUCACUGGAACGGACUACAGACUGGUCCAGAAGGUGUGUCCGGACCAUAACCACCAGACUGAGCCAAGUCAGCAGAUCUUUGGGUGAAGAUGGUGAAGAAAGGAACUUUAAGAGUUUCAGAA